AUGUGUGUUCUUCUUUUUCUUCUUUUCCCAAUUCUACUUUCAUUUUCUACAUGCACAGCCUCGGAGCACGGUCAUUUUGUGCUUUACGGUGUAAUCAAGGUGAGAGAGGGUUGGGAACUGGAUAAUAUCACAGAAGUUUCAGGGCGAUAGCUCCUUGGCUUCUCAGGAGGUGCUCCGUGCUUUUGGUGUGCUCAUCGAGGAAUCCGAUGAUAGCAGUUCGUUCGUCAGUCCCAAUCACGCAAGAAGUUGGCCAUUUGGACGAGGUGGAUUCGGCGGAAUAGGUGGAAGGAUCCGAAGACCACCGAGGCCACCGACGAGAAGACCCACUAUUCGGUACCCACCGACACGUGGCACCACAAAAAUUGUUAGAACUACACGAGCUCCAGUAACUACAACUAUUCGGACCACCACUGGGACGACCACUAGGACCACUACUGGAACCACUGAAACCACAACGUUGCCAUUAAUCCCCGUGACCUACGCUUCCGGCACCGAGGUCCAAUCAAGCGGAACCACAAAGAAAGGAAUGGUCGCCGCGCUCAGGGACUCGUUCGGAAAAGUGUUCAAAGCGGUCGGAAACAGUGUGACCAACACUAUCACCUCGCCAAACGGGAUGCAAAUUCGGGAAGUGCUCACGGAGGUGAUGACGACGACAGGCGUGCGGGUCAUGCGACAACACUUCCAUCUCGGCAAUGGGAUGAUGAUGGGCGCGGAUUUCGUUGGAGGGAUGAGCGGUGGAUAUAGUCCGAUGGAUUAUACUGGAUGGGCGGCAUGGGCGGCAGUUACGGUAGGUCGAGUUUUGUUUGGACUCCCGGACGUUUUGAAACCAGGUACUGGGAGUGACAAACCGUCUAAAACUUUGGUUUCAAGACGUCCGGAAGUCUUUGAUUUGUCCAACUUUUUGAGUUUUCCAGGCAGUCAAUUUGGGCAAGGCGGAAUGGACUACAAUACAGGCACCGGAUACGGUCAGCAAGGUCCUAUGGGACCUGUUGGACAACAGGGACCAGCGGGACCAAUGGGAGGACCACAAGUUCCUCAAGCUCCGAUCGGUGACUACGAGGAUCAAAAUCAAGGCCCCACCAAUGCCACUCAACCAGCUGGGACCAAACCACAAGCGAGAAACUUGACAUCCGAUGUAGAGAAUCAAGAUUUCUUUGAUACCGACACGGCCACUUCAGAUGUCCAGCGGCACUUUGGUCCCCGGAAAGGAGGGGUCCGGAGACCGCCACCGAAAGGAGGAUUCGGAACCAGGAGACCACCGGUGGUGUACACGAUGAGAACCCGACGUCCACCAACACCACCACGAACGCAAGGAGGACCGCCAACAGCACCGAGAAGUCCGCCGACAUCAUUCACCGACAAGUUGGGACAAGUGAUGCGGCGAGUGGGCAACAGCGUUAUCAACCACGUGGCCGGGCCGAAUGGAGAACAGGCUCGGGAGGUGCUGACCCAGGUGGCGACGCAGGCCGGCGUACAGAUUCUUCGGAUGACGUUCAACAUGAAUGGACAACCGAUGGGAUCGGAUUACGUGAACAGCUGGAACCCGGGCUAUCAACCGAGUGGAAGUGUGCUCGGAAACGGUGGCAUGGACUAUAGUUUCGGUUGGUCCUUACUUUUUUUUUAAGGUUUUCAAGUGAAGCUUAAAGUUUCAGAUCAAUUCGGUCAAGGUGGAGGUGGUCAACAAUCUUACGAUUAUCAAGGAUAA